AUGACAACCCCAACCAACACCGGACUCACAGUCCCCCUCAUCAUAAAUGGUCAGGAAGAAACAACCCCCAACACCUUCCCUGUAACAAGCCCCUACACCAACUCGACCAUCUGGACCGCCUCCGCCGCAACACCCCAGGAUGCAAUCCGCGCCGUCGAAGCCGCCGACGCCGCCUUCCCCUCAUGGUCGCAGACAAAACCAACUGUGAGACGCGACAUCCUACUCAAAGCCGCCGAUAUCCUCGAGGCCCGUCUCGACACCAAUGCCGAGUACAUGCGCCAAGAGAUGGGCGCGGACGUCGGCGCCUCCGCGGGAUUCGUCGUCCCGCUUGGAGUGCGCAUGCUGCGCGAGGUUGCGAGCCGCAUUACAUCGAUCUGUGGCAGUGUACCUGUCGUCGAGACGGAAGGACAGAGCGCGAUUAUCUUUAAGGAGGCGAUGGGUGUUAUUUUGGGGAUUGUGCCGUGGUUAGUAUUUCUUGAUCUAUGCAUAAAAUGUUUAAUCGGACUAAUCGCUGGUACAGGAACGCCCCCCUACGUCUUCGGUAUCCGCUCCGCGGCCUGUGCCCUCGCAGCUGGUAACACAACAAUCCUCAAAUCGUCCGAACUAACUCCCCGCUGCUACUGGGCCAUCGGUCGCGCCUUCGAAGAUGCAGGCCUCCCCGCCGGCUGUCUGAAUAUCAUCCACUGCGCCCCGCAGGACGCGCCCGAGGUCGUCAAUGCGAUGAUCGAGCACGACGCCGUGCGCAAGAUCAAUUUCACCGGUAGCACAGCUGUUGGUCGGAAGAUCGCUCGCGCCUGCGGUCAGAACCUCAAGCCCUGUCUUAUGGAACUGGGCGGGAAGAAUAGCUCGAUUGUCUGUCACGAUGCUGAUUUGCAGACUGCCGUGCAGGGAGUGUUGGCGGGGGCGUUCUUGAAUUCCGGCCAGAUCUGUAUGGCAACUGAUCGAAUCCUCGUCCACUCCUCCAUCCUCCCGGCCUUCACGGAAGCCCUGCAAAAGGCCCUCGCGGCUGGCGCUGCAGCCUCGGAUCAGCCCCCAACGCUCGUCAAUACUGCCUCCAAGACCCGCGUCGAAGCCCUCAUUGCCAAUGCUGUCUCAGCAGGCGCACACUUCAUCUCCGGGUCUGCGGAUAACGUCCCCACCGACUCGGGGGUCCGCAUGGCGCCCGCCGUCUUAGGCGGUGUGAAGGAAGAUAUGGCGCUGUGGCAGGAGGAGGCUUUUGCGUCUGUUGCGGCGUGUAUGCCCUUCGACAGCGAGGACGAGGCGAUCCGUCUGGCGAACGGGAGUGGGUAUGGACUUUCGGCGUCUGUUUUCACGGAGGAUCUGCGGAAAGGCUUGGCGAUGGCCAAGCGCAUUCAAUCUGGGGCGGUCCAUAUUAAUAGCAUGACGAUCCAUGAUGAGCCGGCUCUUCCUCAUGGCGGUGUGAAGAAUAGUGGCUGGGGCCGGUUCAACACUGAUGAGGGAUUGAAUGAGUUCUUGGUUACGAAGAGUGUGACCUGGAUGGAUUAG